GUUGAGUGUCAGGCAGGCAGACGGGCUGUGCGCCGCCCGGAGCCUGGAGACACUUUACCGGAGACAGAAAGUACCGGCGCGUCGGUCCCUGUGACACCUCACCGGACUCUCUCCGUCACUUUUUGGACGUGUGUGUGUUGGACUCGGGGCGUGGACACCGGGGACCGGGGCUCGUUGGAUAACCGCACUGUUUUUGGAUAAUAACUGAUGUUGCAUCUCCAUAUGAGCGCAUAGGGAGCGCAGGACCUCCCCCCGCCCCCCCACAAGGUCGGGGCUCACCUAGCUGUAGAGGGACCCAGACCUGGGGAAAUAUCCGGACGAAGAUGGAGUCAUUUAUCUUCUGGAGGGCUGUCCUCAUUUUCCUCAUGCUUCCCUGCAUCCAGUGUGCAGAGAGUCAGACUGCAGUGUUCCUGCCAGAGUUCGCCCUCUCACCUCAGGGCAGCUUCAUGGAGGAUGCUACAGAGGAUCAGUUUCUAACCUACAAAUACGACGACCAGGCGUCCAGGAUGACCCGCUCAGACGAAGACAGGGACAUCGGGUGGGACGCCUGGGGCCCCUGGAGUGACUGCUCUCGCACCUGCGGAGGAGGAGCCUCCUACUCUCUACGGCGCUGUCUCAACGGAGGAAGCUGUGAUGGGAAAAACAUCCGCUACAGAACCUGCAGCAACAAAGACUGCCCAGCAGAGUCGGGUGACUUCCGGUCCCAGCAGUGUUCAGCUCACAAUGACAUCAAGUACCAGGGUGUCACCCAUGAGUGGAUCCCAUCACCUUAUGACCCCUCAGCACCCUGCGCUCUGCGCUGCCAGGCCAAAGGGAGAAGUCUCACUGUUGAACUGGCGCCCAAGGUGCUGGACGGGACGCGAUGCCGGGCGGAUGCUUUUGACAUGUGCAUCAGCGGAGUGUGUCAGGAGGUGGGCUGUGAUCGCCAGCUCGCCAGUGGUGCCAGGGAGGAUAACUGCGGAGUCUGUGGUGGCGACGGCACCACAUGCCGGCUGGUACGAGGACAGGCUCUACCACACCUUACACCAGAACAACCUAUGAAGACAGUGCUGGAGGUGCCGUUAGGAAGCCGCUUCCUCAGACUCAAUGCCAAAGGACCUGAUAUGAUAGUUAUCGAAGCCGUCUCUCUUCAGGGGAAGAAGGAGGAGACCAAUCUGGUGUCCACGGGCUCUUAUGUGAUAGGAAACACUUCCUUGGACUUCCAAAGAGGGACGGACAGGCAGACACUCAGGACACAUGGUCCACUUAACGCUGAUUACAUCAUCAAGAUGAAGUACGGAGGCUCCAAGGACACCGUUGUCCAGUUUCUUUUCUACCAGCCAAUCAGGUACCAGUGGAGAGAGACUGACUUCUUCCCCUGCUCGGUCACCUGUGGAGGAGGCUAUCAGCUGAACUCUGCAGAGUGCACAGACAUCCGAUCCAACCAAACCCUGCCGGAUCAUCACUGUAACAGCUAUCCUGAAAACACCAAACCCACUCCAAAACUCAAGGAGUGUAACAUGGACCCCUGCCUAGAGAGUGAUGGAUUCAAAGAGGUGAUGCCGUAUGAUCACUUCCAGCCUCUGCCUCGCUGGGAGCAGGGCCCCUGGACCCAGUGCUCAGUGUCCUGUGGUGAAGGAGGCGGCUGGCAGGAUCGCAGCGUGCUGUGCGUGGAGGAGGACACCCACGGACAGUUCUCCCAGGUGGAGGAGUGGAAGUGCACCCACUCCCCUCGACCUACCACCCGACAGAUAUGCAACGUCUUCGCCUGCCCCCAGUGGGUGGCCAUGGAGUGGUCACAGUGCACAGUGACGUGCGGACGUGGCCUCCGAUACCGUGUGGUUCUGUGCAUCGACCAUCGUGGGCAGCACAUCGGAGGCUGUGACGCGUCACUGAAACCUCACGUUAAAGAAGACUGUCUGGUCCCUAUUGCCUGCCACAAGCCGAGAGAGUCCCUGCCAGUGGAGGCCAAGGUGCCCUGGUUAAAACAAGCCCACGAACUAGAGGAACAGCACACUGCAACAGAGGACCCCACAUUCGUACCUGGGCCCUGGUCACCUUGCAGCGCCACCUGUGGGCCUGGCAGGCAGAAUCGGGAGGUGAAGUGCCAGGUGCUGCUGUCAUUCACCAAAACAGAGGUGGAUCUUCCAGAGGAGGAGUGUGGUGAGGACAGACCCCAGCUGGAGAGGCCCUGCAACCAGGGGCCGUGUACCAAAGUUCCAGGCAUCUCUGCAGGCCUCCAGGACCACGGGGCCCCUGACACACAGACAGAGGAGCUGCACAGCUGGGACUACAGGGGCUUCACUGCCUGCUCAGCUACAUGUGCUGCUGGGAAGCAGACAGCCGUUGUGAGGUGUGUUAACAGGAAGCAGGGUGAGGAGGUGGAGGACUCUCUGUGUGAUUCAUCCAGCAGGCCGCCAGUGAUGAUCCGCAUCUGUAACCCUGAGCCAUGCCCCCCAAGAUGGGAGGUGACAGCGUGGACCGGCUGCUCUGCGUCCUGCGGCGUCGGCAUACAGACCAGGAGUGUGUUUUGCAUGCGUCUGUUGUCCGUUGACCAGCAGGAUAUUCUGACUGUUUCAGAGGACGAGUGCAGGGAAUUCAAACCUGCCAUCCUGCAGCCCUGCAACCAGGUGGACUGUCCUCCAGCCUGGGAGACCGAACCCUGGCAGCAGUGCUCCCAGUCCUGUGGUGGGGGCGUCCAGGUGCGGAAGGUCUACUGUAAGCAGCUCCUGUCCACAGGGGCCUACAGGAGGCUGGGGGACAGGUCCUGCUGGGGGGCCAAACCUGCCACAAACAGAGGCUGCAGCACCACUGACUGUCUGCCCUACCUGGCAGGAGGAGACUGGGGAAAGUGCUCGGUGUCCUGUGGUUUGGGGAUCCAGCGCAGAGAGCAAGUGUGUCGCCAGCUGACAGCCAUGGGCCACCAGGAGACGCUGGCCAGGGAGCUGUGUUCAGGGUUGUCCUCCCCACCACUCGUGCGGACCUGUCGCAUGAUGGCCUGUCCCAAGCACAAGAAAGAGAUGAGACCCAAAAACACCCAGGAGAAGAACCAGGUCAGGCAGACAGUGAGACGUCCACCGAAGGCCAGAGGCUAUGAAGAAGGGGUUAAACAGUGUCCAGCGCUCCUGGGUGUGCACCAAAUCUACAUCCAGACACGCAAAGAGAAACGCCUCCACCUGACCGUCGGCGGCCACGCCUACCUCCUCCCCAACACCUCCCUGGUCAUAAAAUGUCCUGUCAGAAGGUUCCCCAAAGCCUACAUCCGUUGGUUCAAAGACAGACGCCCCCUCCCCAGCUCUACACGCCUGGCCGUCACCAAAUCCGGCUCUCUGAAGAUCCACUUUCUGGAGGCAGAGGACAUCGGGGUGUACAAGUGUGUCGCUGGACCCGCCUCGGACAUCUUCACCCUCCAGCUGAUAGGCAGUGACAGAGGGUCAAGUGGCAGAGCGUCGACUGCCAGCCCCAGUCCCAGCUGGGAGGAGAUGCUGCCUAGUUGCCACUGGCACUAUUCAGUCCUUCAGCCGUUCCAGCCAAGAGUUAGUGUGUCUCUGCUUCCCCCUGGUGUCCAGGAGGCCUCGCUGCAGCCGCGGGUGGAGGAGAGACUGAUUAACAUCACCCUGCAGGCUGACAGAAGAGAGAUCCAACAGGAGCAGGCCUCAGAGCUCAUCUCCUCGCUGCUGACCCACAUGUCUGCUGCACAGCUCUGGACCAGGACCACAGAGGGAGGAGGACAAGCUAAAGACAGACUGCCCAACUGGUCAGAGCGCUCUUCACUGGAGACAGCUGGGAGCAGACCAGUGAUCAUCAGACAGCAGCCGAACCUUCCACUGACCUUCCAGAAGAACAUCAACAUCAGCAUUGGACAGAGCACCCUCCUCACCAACACCACCCGGUCACUGACCAUACUCUGUCCUGCAGAGGGCGUCCCACCUCCCAAAAUCAGCUGGACCAAAGAUGGAGCGCCGCUGCAGCAAACUGACAGGGUAUCCUGGGAUAUCUCCGGAGGACUCCACAUCCUUCAGCCCCGAGCGUUCGACAGAGGCCAGUACACGUGCACAGCUGCCAACACACAUGGCUCAGACUCUGAGUCAUCUGUGCUGCUGGUGGCAGAGCCGCCUGCCAUCACUGUGUCAUGGAGGAAUGUCUCUGAUCAUGGGGUGGUGUUGGGCCACAGCUUGAGGGCCAAGGUUGGGGGACGAGUCAGUGUUCGCCCAGGCGCCAACCUCACUCUGGACUGCCCCGUCACUGGCGUUCCUCAGCCCACAGUGACGUGGAACAGGAAGAAUGGAGCACUCGAUGCCGGUGCUGUUUCUCUGCCUUCUGGCUCACUGUGGAUCAGAAAUGUUUCUCUGCACAACCAAGGAACCUACUCCUGCACCGCCACCAACACCAUAGGAAAGUCCACUGCUUCUACUGUCCUGCAGGUCUAUGGUCCAUACCCUGCUGGAGUGAGCAAGGUUGUUCCGGUCUCACAGGAGCUGAACAGGAGAAGGGUCCUCAUGGCGUCACACCGUGGGACGAGUGUCUUCAUCAAGCCUGGAGACAUUUUACGGAUAGGUUGCCCAGUAGUUCCUGACCACAAACUGCCAGUGAGAUGGGACUUCAACAACCAGACCCUGAAGGAGGUUUCAGGUCCAGCUCAGACCCAGGGUCCUGGUCCUGGUCAGGGUCUGCAGUACAGGAUGCUGGUGGGAGGUCGUGUCCUCGAGGUCAAUACACUCCAGGUGAAGUUCUCGGGCCGAUACCGAUGCCAGACCCUCAUCAACAGUACCAGACAUAUGCUGUCUGCCUGGAUAAACGUUCACACUGAAGAGUUUGGCUGGCGUUUUGGAGACUGGACCACAUGCAGCGCUUCCUGUGGGAACAGAGGGACGUGGCUGCGGAGGAUUCACUGCGUCACUCUGGAUGGAAAGGAUGUUCAGCCCGCCAUGUGUCAGCACAUACCAAAACCCAUCACUUCUCCAGUUCCCUGCAACAGACAGGACUGCCCUCCCAGAUGGUUGGUGUCGGAGUGGUCAAAGUGUUCAGCCUUAUGUGGAGGUGGCUGGAAGCAGCGGCAGGUCUCCUGUCAGCAGUUGGAUGCCAGAGGUGAAGUGAGGACUCUGACAGCAGCUGCCUGUGAGAGGAUGAGCCGGCCCACAGACACAGAGCCGUGCACCGCCAAUUACUGCCCAACCUGGGUAACCAGUCCAUGGGGAAAGUGUUCGGGUAGGUGUUUAGGCCCGACCACCACUGUACAGAAGAGAUCUGUCAGCUGUCAACAUGCCAACGGCUCCUCGUUCACAGACUGUGAUCUCAGAGACAGGCCUGCAUCUGUACGCAACUGUUCCUCUGACCUGUGUGAUGUCCAGUGGCGUCCUGGUGCGUGGCGGGCAUGCACGGUCGUCUGUGGGAGUGGCUUUCAGUCCCGCAAAGUUGACUGUGUUCACCGCAGGAGUGGCAGGACUCUGGCUGACCAGCACUGUGCCUGGCUGCAACGGCCUUCCACCUGGCAGCACUGCAACACCACCACCUGUGGGAGUGAAUGCAAGGACACCACCCAGUACUGCAGUGUGGUGAAGAGACUGAAGCUGUGUUACCUGGAUAUGUACAAACAGAGAUGCUGUGGUUCCUGUUCACAGGAUCCGGACUCCACCUAGUGGCAGUGAGCAGUCAUGACCGCACUACAUUUUUGUAAAACAGAUGGACUACAUGAGACGAACGACUGAGCAAACACUGAAAGGACAACAUCUGUGAGUGGAUGCUUCAAGAACUGCACAUAUUUAAACUGGACGAGCUUCGGUCCGAAUCUUUCACUUCCUAAAAGGAUCCUGAACAGAGCCUCAAAAGGCCAGAAGGAUGAAGGGGCUUUAUUUUCUGAUUUGGACCCAACUUCCUAAUAUGAAGACAAGUGCUCACGAUGGGGAUCAGAUGGAUUUUUUGGACUUUACUGCAAAAAGCGAACGUGUAGUUUAUAGUGACAUUCAUUCAUUAUAUUCCCUCUUGGCGGCCAAAAAGGAAUAUAAUGAUGUUCAUUGUAGAACGCGUACCACUGCUCUCCUGUAAACAAGACUUAGACUGAGGAAUGGGUUUGACAGAAUAGUGAGACAUCAGCCAGUCUGCUGAUGUCACUGAGGCUCAUCAAAUCAGCAGCUACAUAAAAACAGCGUAGAGUUCUUGUAGUCAUGCUUUUACAUACACAUUUACUCUUUAAACUUUUCUUUAUUUAUUUGUGUAAUUGUUCAGAAGUGUUUUUAUAGAAUUAUUCAUAUAAAAUAUUGAAGCAAAAUUCCGGUUUAUUACAACUUGGGUCUACUUUUCAUAGUUUUGACCAUCAUUUCUUUUUCAGAGUAUUGCUGAGAUCUUCUUGCUACACCAGAAGUUAGACAGCUUGUUAACAGGAUUUCUUUGGAUGGAGGUAAAACUCAAAGUGAGUGCAGAAAAUAUGGACAAAGCUGUAAAAUUAAGACCCAAGUUGUUGUAAACCGCACCUAUCCUUUUAUCUAUCCCUGGUUUUCCCUACCAUUAAAUGGGUACGGUAUGUCACCUUGCUUUAAAGAGCUGCUAAUCCCAAGAGAAUUUCUUUGGUGCGGAUUCCAGUGUCCCAUGUGUUUUAGUGUCACGUGAUGCUGUUUCAGAGGCUUUUCCAUCCUGAUAAGUUUAAACGUUUGGUAGACACACUGAAUUCUUGUUCCACUUUGACAUAAAAAUGAUCCAAUUUAAAGAUAUUGACACAAAACCAUCGGCAUAAAACCUGCGGUUCCCAACUGGUUAAGCCACAGGGUCCGGAUUUCUUCUUCGUCAUCAGUUGAAGGUCCACACAGUUAAAUAUAUUCAGCGUCAUGCUUGUGUUUCUCCAUGUCGUCGAAUUAGUUUGCUGUCUCUGUCAAGUAUUUGUCCAUUGGUCACUCACUCUACAACAGGAAAUGGCGCUUCAGCUAAAAGCUGUGUGCCAGAAAUUCACUGUAAGUUUGCGAGUCACCAGGGGAUCCAUUCAGGAUGGAGCCAUGACCCAAUUUUGGACCACGACCCACCAGUUGGGAACCACUUGUCUUGAAUAUCAUAUUGGCCUUUAAAACCCCAUAUCUGUAAAACCAGCCUUAACGCCAGACAGAACAUUGAUGCUGGACGAUUAAGCAAGAUGGGAUCAUUUUCAGUGCCAACACUUUAAGUAUUUCAGUUGUGUGUGGCAAUUACAACAUACCUGUGGUUGGGGAAAUUUAGUUGUCAUGGGGAUGAGCAAUUUUUGAGGUAUGAAUAAAGGUUAGGCAAUAUUUGAUGAAGGUUUAGGAAAGAUUGUGGUUAUGUGAGGGUUAGGGUUAAAGUGUCUCCAUCAACCAUGCAGGUUGGAAUAGGGAGCCAAGGCACAGUUGUCAGUCAAGAGUUCAAACACCAUGUGGACCCCGUUUAGCCAGGAGGAGCCCCAAACCACACAGUGGCAGGAAAGUAUCUAAGAGAGAUUUGAGAAGGAGAAUACAGGAGAUAGUGGGGUCUAAGGCAAACCUAGUUGGGGUUGGACGUCCCAGCUGGUUCACUUGGUGUUAGAGCAAACUAGUGGUAGAAGGAUUCAAAGUCAGGGCCAGAAAGAGAGUCCAAGAUCCAAAGAUGCAAAGCUGUUUCAAGAGAACACUGAUUAAAGGUCAGUGUGUAAGAUCUAGGGGGAUUUAGUGACAUCUAGCAGUGACGACUGCAGAUUGCAAACUUCUCCUGGUAAGACUUCCUCCAGUGUUCCAAAGGAGGUUUUUACUGGGAGCUGAAUUAUCUGUCUCUUUCUGUCCAAAACAAACAGACCAGGGGUCUCAUUUAUAAAACAAUGUGUAGGAUCCAUACUAAAAAUGUAUGUAUGGACAAAAGCCAAAAAUGGUGUAUGCCAAAAAAGAUUCAACAGUGUCUACAGUCAGGCUUUAACCUUAUCAUCUGCAUCUUCAGUGUCCCGUCUCCAAAAUGCUCGUCAGCAUGGGUCAAAGUUUCAGGUCUGUUUUCAUAGAUCACAACUUUUGCGUAGGGAGUGGCGUACGCCUCAUUCAGGCCUCAUUUAGUGUGUACGCAGUGUUUUAAAAAUGAGACCACACAUGAUUAAAACCAGUGAAAACACUCAAUAAAGCAAUGUCGCGUUACAAAAAUCAAUUUUUUUCUCUGAUAACUUAAGAUCCACAUGUUCAGGAAGUUUUAACCAGGAGCUGAAUUAUCUGCAGAUGUCUCUUUCUUUCCAAACCAAACCAACCAGGUGAUUUAACCAGUAAAAAACACUGAAUAAAGCAGUUUCAGGUUUGGUUUGUCCCUUCUGGGCCUCUGUAGGAACAUGGCGAUCUCUUUGGAUGAGAACCUGCUUUCUAUGUAGAUCUAAAUGGCUCAUUCUAAGGUAACAGAAACACAACUAUUCUUAUUUUCAGGUGAUUAUACACUAAAGAAAACAAACUUAUGUAUUUCUUUUCUGCCAAUAUAUCCCCCUUAAUUCUACACACUUUACCUCGCAGGUUAUAUCCACACUAAUUUUUGUUUAAAACACCAAACUAUUGCUACAGUUACACCUUGCGUCCGGACGACUACAGAGGUUCCUAACCCCUAAAAUAGUGACCUUUGAAAACUCUGCUUUUUUAUAGACGGGUGAAAAUGGAGACUUUCAAAAACGAUGACACAGAAGCCACAUUUGCUCCAAUUGGGUCUUAUAAGUCACAACUUGUCAAGUCAAAGCAUUCCAGCAUACCUUUUCUGAUUUUAUCCUUCUUCCUCUGGCAAUAGGAAACACUCCCGGCCUGUACUGCUCUAACCUGUCCCUGCUUUGUAAUGGCUCCCAACCUUUUUGCCGCCGCCUCGACUGCCUUUUGCUCUUGUUAUCUUAAUUUAUAAAAGCAAUGUCAGGUCACAUAUAAAAUUUAGGAUUGAAAUCCUAAUAGACCAUUCACCUGUGUGAAGGUACUGGGUUGUGAUUGUAGUCACAUGUCACUGAUGAGAAAAGAGCUGCUGCUGUUGGUGGAGCUUUAGUUGUGAAAGCAUGAGUUUAUAUCCAUAUAUUCAUCAACACCACUCUAUGAUUCUCUACCAGAAGGUUUUGUAAAAUAAUUUCGAUAUUACACAUGAAGGACAGUUUGGUCGUUGAGGCGAAACUGACUCUGGAGUGAGAGGCACCAGCACAACACUGAUUUUGACGGAUGGGUCUAUCCAUGUUAUCUUUGUGUUGGUUCUCAUACCGAUGUGCUGCAUUGUAAAAUGUCUUGUAUAUACUGUGUUCUAAGUGCAAUAUCGUAUAUGGAGUGUAUGUAGAUUGUGUGCGACUUUUAUUUUCUUACUUAUUCAUGGUUAAGGUGUCUUUUUAACUCCUGUUGAAGAUCUUAGAGUAUAAAGCACGUGUAUAUGUUGAUUGGGUGGUAGGUUUGCUGCCACUCACCUGAUUUAAUUUGCAUGUGUAUAAGCGCAACCUCCGAUGUUUUAUAGCUCCAUUGUGAAAUGCCACACGGUAACAUGCAUUUUUCGUGUUUCCCCCCGGCUACUGAUGGCUAUACAGUAUAUCUGGUGUGGUGACGUUGCACUGCUUGUGGACUUGCAGCUUGACUGAGGGAAUAUGAGGUAGUACGACAAAUUAUUUAAGUGCUUUAGAUAAAAACGCAAAGGAAUAAAGACAG